AUGAAGGUUCAUGAAUCCAUUGGGGAAUUAAAGAGACUUGUUCUGUUAAAUGUAAAAGACUGCAAGAAUCUUAGGAAUCUUCCCACAAAAAUUGGUCAGCUAAAAUUGCUUAAGAAUUUCAUUCUUACUGGUUGCUCAAAGCUUGUCGAGUUGCCCAAAGAGAUGCGCGAGAUGGAAUCUUUAAAGUACUUUAAUGCAACUGCAAUAAAUCAACUACCCUCUACCAGCAAUGGCAUAAUCUCUCGGCUUUUUAGACUAAGAAAACCUUCGGAAUCAAUAUUGGAUUGCUUGCCGUGCUCAUUAGUGAGUUUGAAUCUUGCAAACUGCAAUCUUAGGAAUCUUCCAAGGGAUCUUGGUAGGCUAUCCGUAUUGGAGGACUUGGCUCUAUCAGGAAAUCCGAUCUGUAGCCUUCCAGAGAGCAUCAAGUGUCUCACCAUGCUCCAGUUUCUUAAUUUAAGGGAAUGCACAAAACUCCAAUUGCUUCCAGAGAGCAUCAAGUGUCUCACCAUGCUCCAGUCUCUUCAUUUAAGGGAAUGCACAAAACUCCAAUUGCUUCCAGAGCUACCAAUGAGUUUAAAAAUGUUGGAUAUAAACCGAUGCAGGUCACUGGAAAUAAUAACAAAUCUACCCAAUGGGUGUAAACUGGAUUUGUAUGCAUAUGAUUGUGAGACAGUAGUUGAGGUAAAGAAAUUGUUCAGGUUGGAACCUAUUCGAAACAUAGAUACAGAAAUGAUCAAGAAUUUGGAGUUGAUUGAGUUGGAAUCCAUGGAAGAGGUUGAGGUGAAUUUGCUCAAUAAGCUGACAAAUUAUCACAUGAUUUGUCCCAUCCAGGGACUGUAUGAAUUCGGUAUAUUCAGCAUUUAUCUUUCUGGAAAUGAGGUUCCAGCCUGGUACAGCAGUAAGACUACAACAUCCUCGAUAUGUUUCAAUGUUCCUUCACUUCCUAAUAAUCUCAAGAUCCGAGGCUUGAAUGUAUGCGUUGCUUAUAAUUUCCAUGGUUUCACCGGCUUUUUGUAUGAAUAUAUAAUGAGAACCUUCAAUAAGACCAAAGAUGUGAAGUGGACCUAUUACCCAACCGUAACAGGGUUUCCAAAUGAGGGGGAAAAUAUGAUAUGGGUAAGCCAUUGGAAGCUUGGGAAUCAGUUUGAAGCUGGUGAUGAAGUGGCUGUGGAUGUGGAAUUUUUUGACGAUUUGUGUUACGAAUAUGGAGUAAAGGAAUUGGGAGUCCACAUUGUGUAUGAACAAGAAGAGGGGGAGAAGGAUACCCAGCACAACACCUAUACUUCUUUUCCUGAUGAUGUUUUUGAUGGUGCAGAUUCACCAUCACGUGGUUACCACUUCAUCAUUUCCAAAUUUUGUACUUAUAUGUCCAGCAAGGAGGUGGAGGAGGAUGAUGAUGCAUGA